CAGCAACAGCAGGACCAGGAGCAGGAGCGGGGAAUCGUAAUGGUCCCGUCAUCCUCCUCCUCCUCCUCCUCCUCUGCGACCACGUCGACCACCACCGAGCUACGAGACGUCGCCAGUGUGACAGAGGCUGGAUUGCCGAAUUUCACGCUGCAGAGCGUGGCUCUUGGACUCCAAGGUGCUCUCCUGGCAGCUCUACAGAGAGUAGCUCUGCUGCCACCUGGCCAUGCUGCCGCCGCUGCGCUCAAUCUCCAGGCUCUGGAGACCUACCUGACUCUUCAUCGUCUUCACGCCACCAGCACGGCACCCGGUGUCAGCCAGUCCACUGCCUCGGGACUGGCUAAUCAGAGGUGUUCGCCGAUCAACACUGGUCUAGAAAACGCGUUGACCACGACGACACCGUCCAAGAACGAGCAGUUGACCGCUGACAGGCUUCUGCAGACGGCCGACGACGAGGACGAGGCCAGGUUGGAUUUUAUCGGAGAUCCCGAGGAAGACCUGGCACUGUUGGAAGAGCAGGAAGUGCUGCUGAGGGACACUUCAGUCGCGACGUCCUCGGCGAACCACGAGGCUCUGUUGCGACGGAUAUCGGAAGGGAACCGGGCUAGUUCGAGUUCCGCGACCACGGUUCCUCAGUCGACGUCCCUGUCGCAGAUCGCUGCGCCCUCGUUCACGUCUCCUGCCUCGUCGUCCGCGUGUUCUUCGUCCUCCUCGUCCUCGUUGUCGUCGUCCUCGCCGCUCCAGGCCACGUCCACCUCGACCGAGUCGAAUCUACCGCGGACCUGCAGGGCGUCCAGGCCUAAGAAGCAGUUCAUCUGCAAGUUCUGCAGCCGACAGUUCACCAAGAGCUACAAUCUGCUGAUACACGAGAGAACGCACACGGACGAGAGGCCGUACUCGUGCGACAUUUGCGGAAAGGCCUUCCGACGGCAGGAUCACCUGAGGGACCAUAGGUACAUCCACAGCAAGGAAAAGCCGUUCAAAUGCGCCGAAUGCGGCAAGGGAUUCUGCCAGAGCAGGACCCUGGCUGUCCACAAGAUCCUGCACAUGGAGGAGUCGCCCCACAAGUGUCCCGUCUGCGCCAGGAGCUUCAAUCAGAGGAGCAACCUGAAGACCCACCUCCUCACGCACACGGACAUCAAGCCUUACCACUGUGCAUCCUGCGGCAAGGUGUUCCGUAGGAACUGCGACCUCAGAAGGCACUCGUUGACUCACAAUCUGGGCGUCUCGACGUCACCGCCGCCGCCGGGUAUCCCUGUGCCAGGCACUGGGGCUGUGGUGCUGCAAGAGACGUCCUAG